CAAUCAAAAUGACCAAAUGCAGUGUGUUUCCCAACAUUUAUUGAGCCGUUGCAUUUAUUUUACAUUCGAAAUGCACAUCAUAGCCACCAAAACAAAAUUGCUACAUUAAAGUAAUGUGUGUGUAUAUACUGAAAUAAUGUUCAUAUCACUUUACUUGAAAAGUGGGCCCAUUUAGUUUAUCUGUCUCAUGGUACCUGUACUGCUAUUGAGUAGUGGCAUAUGUACGGUAAUUGUUCUAUCACCAGAGAUCGCUGGCAUCGAGAAACGAAGAUGCAUUGUUUGUAGAAAAUAACUAGAUUUUUGGAAUAAAAUCCCUACAGUCAUCCGGAUACUGACACUUCUCCUGAAGCCAGUGGAUUGUUGUCAUUGCCGUGGGAGAUGGUAACCCACAUUGCCUCACAUCUUCCUGCUCAUUGUGUCAUCACUGUGCUGCCAAAGGUCUGUCAUGCUUUGCGCAAUGUCGGGAAGGACAACACAGCCUGGCAGCUGCGGGCACGCAGACUCAUCGGGCCAAAAGCUAGCUUUCCAGUGGGGCCAAGGGAAGACUUUGACUGGCCUUUUGCUUGCUUGGAAAUUGAGAGACUGAUUACCUGCUGGACCAACGUAACACAGGUUGGGACCAAGGAGCACCAAGAUGAUGCGGACUCGGAAGGGGUGGAGCAGCAACGAAGGGACUGGCCAAAUGGGGAACCUGUGGCAGCAGACAAUAGAGCGGGUGCUAUGGAGCCAGAGCAAGUGGAAGUACAAGGAGGAGCAUAUGCUGUUGAGGAAGGGGUUGUAUUUGAAGAAAUGGGUGGUGAACCUCACCCUGUGGUCGUUGAGGACCAGCUGAGGGGAGUCCUGGAAGAGAGAUUGGAAGAUAAUCCAGAACAGAUGAUGCAAGAAGAUGGGCACCACCCAGUUGUAUUUGAGGGCCAAGACCAUGAUCCCGAUCAUCAACAGGAUUUGGCUCACCUCGGCUUCCGGGGUAAUGGAGGACAUGUAGAAAUAGAGCAUCAAGCCCCCAGCAGCCUGUGUCCACCCCCAGCAUUAGAAUGCAUCACUCUCCUUUCCGGCCACAUUGCGGAGGUCAACUCAGUCCUCUUGGUGGGCGGCGACGGGGCUGUUUGCGCCACAGGCUCCAGAGAUCGGGAUGUUAAACUUUGGAAUCUGCGGGCAGACUCUAGCAAUAUGUUGAUGCACACGUUGGUAGGCCAGGGCCACUUUAACACCCAUCAAGGCUGGGUUUGGUGUUUAGCAUCUCAGGGACCCCUUCUGGCUUCCGGGGGCUUCGACAGAACAGUGAGGUUGUGGGACCUCCAAGCCUGUGGGGCAGAGAGGGGAGUGAUCAGGACCGAAGCUGCCGUCAUUUGCUUGUCCUGUCUGCCUGAUGUGUUGCUUGCUGGUACUUUCAAUGAGAAAGUCCAAAUGUAUGACCCGAGAGCUGCUGUUCCCUUGGUGAAGACCCUCAGGCACCAUAGCAAUUCCGUCCUGUGUCUGGCAGCAGACGACAAGUACAUCAUCUCUGCAAGUAAAGACAGCACCGUGGUGGUCCACGAUCGCAGGGCAGACAAAAGCUUGUAUAAAGUUCGGCUGCGCUCUUACCUGCGUUCUAUGAGCUACAGUGACCGCGAGAUUUGGGGAGGAGACAUCAGGGGCAUGCUCUGCUGUUUUUCCAUGCAGGAGGGGGUCUUAAACCACCUGUCGCAGUUCGAUGUGGGGCACACGGCGAUGGUCACUGGCAUUUACAAGUCCCCUGGGAGGCUCUACACUUGCUCCUCUGAUUUUACUGUGAAGGUCCACAUCCCAUGUGGGCCUCCAAAGACAUUAUGCACUUUGCGUCACCAAGAUGGAGUCUCUGGGUUGAGCGUGGAAGCUGAAAUACUGGCUGUCACCUCUGGGGAUAUGUGUGUGGAAAUCUGGAGGCCUCGAAAGAGUGAGAUGUGAAAAUGAAUAUGGACAAGAUCCAUAACUCACAAUCAUGCACUUUUAAGUUGUGAAAAUAGGAUGUAUUCUGCAUUUUAAAAAUGUAUUCGAUAGCUGUAAGCUAUGAUCAUCACAAUUAUGAAAAAUAAAGUCAAAAUUGUGAAAAAUAAAAUCACAAAGUAUAUCA